GCACUUUGAAUGACGCGAGCUGGGAAAUCUGCUGUUCACAACGCUUUCAGUGCUCAGGAGAACCCAUGGACAGCAAGAAACCCAGAGAAAAACACCUUACACCUCUCCAUCCAGAUCAUCUCAGCAACAGCUACCGUACUAAACCCCAGGGAGACUGAGGCCUUAUUCAAAAGAAAACAUUGGGACAGAGUGCGAGCCCUCAAGUCUCUAUCGAUAUUCAUUUCUACACAGAACAACAAUUACAAUAAUUUCUGGGUUUAUUUAAAUUCUUCCCAGAAGGAAGGAAUCCCGGAUACCAGCAAUGAAAGGUGAAAUCACCUUUGGAAUUCUUCUCUUUGUAUUAGUGCAAUCAGUCACUGGGUGCCCAGAAGAAUGUCUGUGCAACAUUACUCUGAAGGAGGUGAACUGUACAGAUAAUGGACUGCGAGAUGUCCCCAAAGAUGUACCUUCUGACACAGAGACCCUGUACUUACAGAACAAUCACAUUCAGGCAAUCUUAAACACCGCAUUUGCUGAUAUGGCUCAGCUGCAGAUUUUAGAUUUGUCAAACAACAUGAUUGAAAGGUUACCCUCAGACGCCUUCAACAGACUGUCAAAUCUUCAGAAUUUGAAUCUCGCCAACAACUCCAUCCACUCCAUGGACAACAGGACUCUCCAUCCAAUCCAAAGCCUCAAGAAACUGGACUUGUCCUUUAAUAAUCUGACCAGUUUGCCUGAAGGCUUGUUCAAGAACUUGAGGAAUCUAACCUGGCUGGCUGUCCAUCAAAAUCAACUACAGCAAAUAGACAGGUCCAUUCUGGAUUCUCUAUCAAACCUGCAGGUAUUGUUACUGCAGCAAAACCAUUGGCUAUGUGACUGUAAAGUGAACGGACUCAAACUCUGGCUAGAACGCUUUCUGUACAAAGGGGGCCAGAUUGAUGAAAUCCUAUGUGCGGAACCAGAAGAUCUGAGGAGCCAGGACCUUAUGAAGAUCCCUCAUGAGAUGUACCGGCUGUGUUCCUCUGCUAAGAACAAGUCAUCUCGUGCUAACACUCAGACCAUCUCUGACCACAGAAGUUCUCCUGCACACAACACGCUGCCUGUCGAGGAGGACGGCGAUGACAAUUCAGACUGUGCCCCCAAACCCAAGCCACAACCCGUCAACCUACGCUAUGCCAUUGCCACGGUUAUAAUAACUGGAAUUAUCUGUGGCAUUGUCUGUCUGAUGAUGUUGGCAGCGGCAAUUUAUGGCUGUGGCUACGCGGCAAUUAUGGCCAAAUAUCACCGUGAGCUAAAGAAAGUGGAAUGUUUGGGUGAAAGCACCAAAGAGAAGGAGCCACUCGGUAAAUCCCCACCAUGAUUUGCCAUUUUCUGUCUUGGUUUCUGAGCAACAAGACCCAAUGUUAAUACAAUAUACAUUUGUGCAGCACCCUUCACAUCAGGAGAAUGGGCAAGUUCAAAUUUAUCAGAAAUGUUAGCGACCACAACCAGCCAACAAUUUUCUUCUCAAAGACGCUUUUUUGCAAUCAAAGAUUGUUGCAUUGACUCUCAAGACAUUUAUCUCAACACAAUUAAGCACCAGAGAAGCUGAAGACAUGAUCAUAACAUAAGACCAUAAGAAAUGCUAGACAAGAAAAGAGGUCCAUCUAGUUCGCCUUCCACCUUCCUGGAGUUUGCUCGCACACAUGUCCUAAACUAACUAUGUACUGUAUCCCAUAAUGUUAUUUCCUAAAAGAAAAAUAAGAAGAUCAAUGAGGACAAGACAAGGGCACAAAUGUGGCUGAGGUUUCAGCCAGUACGCCCCAAAACCCUGGAACACUCUUCCUCUAUCCCUCCACCUUGCCCCCUCCUUUCCCAUCUUCAUCUACAUAAGCAUUUGCAGGUGAAGGAAGACCAAGGUCCAUCUAGUUCACCUUCUACCAUCCCGGCA